CGCAAUCGAAGAAGAAAAAAAGCGGAAGAAAAAACGCUAUACUCGCUUCAAGCGUGUUCAGCCCAAAUAAAUCAUCAAAAUGUUGAAAGAGUUGGUGAAGGAGCGACUAAUGGCGGCAGCCGAUGAAAUAUUUGCGCUGUUUGAAAGAGCGAUAGCGUCAUACGAGGAGGACAUUUCGAGAACAAGAGAGGAAAAGGAGCGACGUCGAGAACAACUGGAAGAUGUUAGCAAGAGCCAGAUUGUGCUGCAAACUAAAGACGUCCAGCAGCUCAUUAGUCAUCAAGAAGAACAUACUCCCCACCUGUGGGGCACUUUGGAGCAGGACCCACGGCCCUCUCACAUUAAAGAGGAGGAGGAUGAACUCUGGAUGACUCGGGGGGGUGAGGGUCUUCUAGGGCUGAAGGAGGCUGAUCUCACCAAGUUGCCACUGACUGUUGUCUCUGUGAAGACUGAAGACCAUAAAGAGGAAUUACGAGCAGACAACCUUUUAGCUCCACUAUCAGACUGGAAAGACACAGCAGCACACUCUCCUGAGGAUGACACCCAAAGACCCUGGAGCAGUGAUACAGACUGUGAAGGUGACUCAAAAGACAAAAAGACGGAUGAAAAACAUUGGACUUGUACAGUUUGUGAGAAAAGCUUUUCUAAUAAGGGUCAUUUAAAUCGACACAUGCUGACACACACCGGCGAAAAACCCUUUUGUUGUUCAGUUUGUGGUCAAAGAUUCCGUCAACAGUCUCAGGUUGCUUCACACAUGAGAACACACACGGGAGAGAUGCCUUUUCGUUGUUUGGCUUGCGGCCAGACAUUCUCCCAAAGGACAAACUUGUUGACACACGUGAGAACGCACACCAGGGAAAAACCUUUUGGUUGUUCAGCUUGCGGCGAAAGAUUCUCCAUAAAGGCAAAUAUGGUCAAACACAUGCAAACACACACAGGAGAAAAAACAUGUUCAUGUUCAAUCUGUGGCAAAACGUUCACUCGGCAGGACACUCUAAUGGCGCACAUGCGGACACACGCGGGAGGGAAAGCUUUCAGUUGCUCCGUCUGUGGUAAGGGAUUCUCUCAAAAGGUACGUAUGGAAUCGCACAUGUGGACGCACACGGGAGAAAAAGCUUUCAGGUGCUCGGUUUGCGGUCAACGAUUCUCUCGAAAGUCGAACAUGGUAAAACACAUGAGAGCGCAUGCAGGAGGAACAACGUAUUCCUGUUCACUUUGUGCCAAAACAUUCACUCUGCGCGACAAUUGGACAGCACACAUGCGGACACACGAUGGAGAGUAAACAUUUUACAUGUGAGAAGUCACCUCAAAAAUGAUGAUCUUCAAGAUGUGUGUAUGCUAGAUUCCCCCAUCUUAUUGUGCAGCUAAGAACAUUAGCUACAUAAAUCCAUAUUCGGAUAUGAAAAAUCGGCCUGUAAAAAAUUCUAUCAAUAUUUCAUUAGAAUCAGAAUCAGAAUAGUUUUAUUGCCAUUGUUUGAGAACGGGUUCACAAACUAGGAAUUUUUCUUGGUGCAAACGUGCGACAUAAAAACAUAUAACACAUAUUUGGUAAUAAAAAGAGCUGUGACUGAGCUAUCAGAUAGACUUAGAAGGAAUUCAAUGAGCUACUGUUAGGAGUUAUUGUUCAUUUGCCUGAUGGCCGAGGGGAAAAAACUGUUCAGGUGGCGGGAGGUGUGGGUCUGGAUGGAGCGUAGUCUCCUGCCUGAGGGGAGAGGGGAGAAUAGCGUGUGUCCAGGGUGAGAAGAGUCAGCUGUGAUCCGACCCACACGCCUCCUGGUCCUGGAGGAGAACAAGUCCUGGAGGGAUGGGAGCUUGCAGCCAAUCACCUUCUCCGCAGCACGUACGAUGCGCUGCAGUCUAUUCUUAUCCUGGACUGUGGCGCCGGGGAACCACACUGUGAUGGAGGAGGUCAGGAUGGACUCUAUGAUGGCUGAGUAAAACUGCACCAGCAUCUCGGUCGGCACCUUAAGUUUCCUCAGCUGCCGCAGGAAGUACAUCCUCUGCUGGGCCUUCUUGAUGAGGGAGCUGAUGGUCAGCUCCCACUUGAGGUCCUGGGUGAUGG